AUGGAACAGCUGAUGAAGGAGAACUUGGAAAUAGGGAAAAAUUUGCAAAGUGUUAUAGAAGAAAAUAAAAUAUUGCGUGACAAGAUAGUUCAGUUGGAGAAGAAAGAGGCAGACCUAAAUAAGGAGAAAUUGGAGUUGGAGAUAAGGAUUGUGGAGCUGUCGGUGGAGAAGAAAAGUUUGGAGACCGAAAAAGAGAAAUAUAGUUUUGAAAUGUUUGCUGUGGAUUUUGAUAGAGCAUUUGAUCAGGCUAAGUUCAUUGCCCCAACCGUAGACUUUGCUAUGAUGGAUCCUUACAAGGUUGUGAUGGAAUCAGAAGAAGAAGUAGAAGCUGACGCAGAAUCAGAAGAAGCCGAAUUGAAAGCAGAAGCAAAAGCAGACGUAGAAGCAAAAGCAAAAUCGGAAGAAGCAAAAGCCGAAUCAAAAGCAGAAGCUGAAGCUGAAGCAGAAGCCGACGUAGAAACAGACGUAAAAGCAGAAGCAGAAUUGGAAGAAGCAAAAGCAGAAGCAGAAGCCAAAUCAGAAGCAGAAUCGACGAGGUGUAGCGGCGGCGAGGUCAGCAACAGCGAGCCCUCUUCCUGGCAAUGGCAGUAA